AUGGGACGAGCGAAAGUACACAUGGAACCCAUCAACAACAACAAGAAGCGCAAAGUGACAUUCCACAGACGUAAAAAUUGCCUUAUCAAGAAGGCUCUUGAACUCACAACCCUCUGCGAUGUCAAAGUCUCCAUGAUCAUCCGCACCGAUCAACAAGAACCAGAAAUCUUCCCUCCUGAUCCCCGUCAAGUUAAAGGUUUGAUUGAUCUUUACAAACGGCAGAAAAGUAUGGAUCCUGGGAAGAUUCGGUAUUUCAGUUUAUCAGAUUUUUUCAACGGGAGAAAGAUAGAUAUUGAACAAGAACCUGCUAAGGAAAAAAAGAAGAACAUGGAAGCAAAGUACCCGACGUGGUUUGAGUUCUUGAACAAUUCCUCCGGAGUGCAGUUAAUGGAAUUCGCUUUUGGGUUGGAAGCCAAAAUCGAUAUUGUUAAAAGAAAGAUUGAGUCUCUCAAGGCUGACAAGAUAAAGAAUCUUGAUCAUCACGUUAACUACCCUGGAACCCUUCUUGAUGUUCAUAGUUCUUUCGUUACACCAUCGAUAAACCCUAGCCCUUUGCCAAUGAACUACAAUCAUCCUGUCUUUGAUCCUUCACAUUUGUUUACUGAUCAGAUUAACUUUAACAUGCAUCCAACAAGCCCCAAUUCAGAAAUACUGAAGUUGCUUAUGAACGACAAUGAUGACUGCUACGAUAAUGAGAAUUUCGGACUACAACCUGAAUUACCAACGAUGAUCCCAAUGAAUUACAACGAUCCUGUAUUUGCUGAUCAAAAUAGUUUCAACAUGCAAUCAGAAAACCCUAUUUCAGAAACGUUGAAGUUGGUGUCGAGAGAGAAUGAUGAUUUCUCUCAUUAUGAGAAUUUCAGCCUCCAACCUGAACCACAAACGAUGAUCCCAAUGGGUUACAAUGAUCUUGUAUUUUCUGAUCAAAAUAGUAUUCACAUGCAAUCAGAAAACCCUAAUUUAGAAACAUUGAACUUGGUGACGAGGGAGAACGAUGACUGCUAUGAUUAUGAAAAUUUCAGCCUUACGCCUGAAACAUCAACGUUUGGGCUUCCAUUUGAGACACCUAAAUGGCCGUCAUUUAUGCACAUGAAUCCAGUCUCAACGUAUGAGUCUUCUUCCCAAAUUACGGAGUACAGCGCAGGAGCAGAUGGUAAUGAUUAUCAUUACAUAGUUUAA